CAGCUUGACUUAUAUAUACUGCCAAUGCGCGUUUUGCUUCAUAACAAUUAUCAUCGUCUCCAUCGUCUUGCUGCUACAGCGUUACACUGUGAAACCGACCGACCGGCAAAACUGACGCUCGUGUGUUUGUGUUCGUGUGUAUAUACAUGUAGCGCACAGUGCAUCAUCGUCUGCGAAUUCCACAACAACUGCGGCAAGGACUGCUCGUUGCACUGCUGCCACUACACACAACUGUUGCUCCGAUCUCUCGUGGCUCGAGAGAAAUACUUUACGCUCGAAUUUAUCAUUCUUCAUCGAGUAAGCAUCAAUGACACGAAAAUUUGUUUUGUACAUUCGCAUUCCCUAAAUGUAUCACCGACGUCUGGUAUGCAUCGAUCGAGAAAGUAUUGUUAUUAUUUAUGAAAAAGCCCCGACAACAAAACUGAGUGGACGCAAAAUCAUCAUCGAUAUCUCCAAUCGUAUAAUAUAAAUCGAGCGAGGCAGAGAGAAACGAGCGCGAGCUCGUAAAAGUUGGACCACCACCGACAAGCGCCACUUGUGAGUGCGUGACCGGAUCAUAAUCAAAAUAGAUCGGUUUGUUUGCGCGCGAUUUUGUGGCGCGGAGCAUCUCGCCUCGUAAACGUUGCACGCUGUCGUUUUUUUUUUUUUUUUUUUUU